UCGGGGAGAGGAGCAUCUGGAACAUAGAUACCGAUAAAAUAAAAUAUCACGGAAAAUACUUUGUUUAGGAGUUGUCCUUUUUGGAUUACGUUAUUCAUGUUAUUCAUGCGCUAAAUGAGGAGUGUUUUAAUCAGAAAUUCAAAAGCUUUUUUGCAUAAUAACUUCCUUAAUUAAACUUCAAACGAAAUCAUCACAAUCAUAUAUAUGGCGGAAUACUCACAUAAACCAAGUAUGGUCCAUCACAUUUUGAAUAAUAGUUUAAGAAUUAUAGUUAUUGUUAUUCUUUUUCACUCAUCAGCGACGGAGAAUUGCUUAAAAACCGGUGAAGCAACAUCAUGUUGUGCCGACUAUCAUGUUCUAGAUGGAAAAUGUGUCCCAUGUCCAUCCGGGACCUUUGGACCAGACUGUAAGUACAUCUGUACCUACCCUGAUUACGGACGUCGAUGUCUUGAUGGGAAAUGUCAGUGUCCAAAAGAAAACUGUGAUCCCGCAGAAGGCUGCAAGGAUCAUUCGAUCAUUCCUAAAUCCAAUACCCUUUCUAUUCUUCUAUCAUCGCCAUCCAUAACAAACUCUACAUUUGAAUAUAAUCUACGAAAUAACAACAAAAAUCUAACGAGCCAAGUGGAGAUAAAAGACACGAGCAAAGAUAAGGAAGAGUCUAGUUCCACAGUUAUGGCCGUUAUUUCAGUGAUUGGUGUUCUCGUCAUAGGCUUUCUUAUUGCUGUUAUAGUAGUCCAAUUAAAGGGGAAAAUUACGAUACGACUAGAGAAAAAGUCAUUAAGACGAAAUUCUAAGGUGACAAGCCACCGACACGUAGAUACGUACUGCGAAAUAGACGAUGAUGAUGUAAUAGACGAUGUGGACAACGAUAAGGAAGACGAAGCAGAGGAGUAUGAAGUCAUCGAUCACUCUAAAAAAGAUGCUACUAAGUAUACAGCCCUUCCCUCUAGAGAAAAUAUCGCUAAACAUGGCAGUAAAACGAUCUCAAAUGUCUCAAUGCUGGAGAUACUGAGAAGUGGAGAAGAUGAUCGGAAAUCCAACACGAGGGAUAGCAAAACAAUGUCAAACGUGCCAGUACAGGAGUUAUCGGAUGGCAAUGCAGAAGAUAACCUAAAAGUUGAGAUGAGAAAUGACAAAUCACACUUAAAAACUACCCAGAAAAGAUUUGGUAAAACCUCGGGACAAGUGAGCGGUUAUAUUGAUAUGGAUAAGGGAACCAAAAAAGAAGAAUAUGUUUCCAUGUGCGCUGAAAAUGAAGCUAGGAAUUUAUCGCUCAGCAAAAAUAUUUCACAAUAAAGAGAGUACGUUUGGAAACAAAUACUGAAACGUCUACGAGUAAAAGUCUUAUAUAAACAUUUAUGUAAAAUUAAAGUACUUUCCCAUCAUAAACAUUAUUUGAAUAGC